GACAAACAGUAAGCAAAGUAGAAUUUCACUUAUUUUUGUUGCAAAAUUAUCUUAUUUGAAAAUAUCAUUUAAGUAAAUAUUUUUUUUUGCUUAACUUGUGCCCAUUAGCAAUAAUACUGGCGUCCGAAAACUAUCCCAAGAAGAUGUUGGACGGGUGGUAUUGUCGCUCUAUAGCGAAUAUGCAAGCAAACGAGGCUGCAAGCGUCAGCAGCAGCACUGUGGAGACGUCACGAUCCCGGGAACAAAUGAAAGAUUACUCCAGUGACAGCAGUAGCGAUUCUGAGCAGGAACCAAAUUAUGAAGCGCAAUAUCUUAAACUUAAAAAGAAAUUAAAGUACCUUAUCUAUGAAAAUGAAUGCUUUCAAGAUGCCUUGCGCAGUAGCCAAAAGAGACUUCUAAGAGUUUCUCGGGACAGAAGCUAUCUUUUGGACAGAUUACUGCAGUAUGAAAAACAUGACAGCACUACAUCAGAGAGUGAUGACACAGAGUCAUCAGAUGAUGGUUCUUACAAUAAUCUGGAUGCUGCAAAAAGAAAAAAACUAGAAGCAACCGCAGCCCAGCAAGUUAUAUCCACACCAUCUGCUCUAAAUAAAAAUGCUAAUGCAAUGAAAAGGAAAAGAGCAGCUGUACAAAAAAAACCUCCAAACACUAGUCUUUCACAGCAAGGGAAUGCGUCAAUGUUGUCGAAAGCCUCGCCGGCUCUAGGGUUUGGGCUGUCUACGAGUGAUGGUCACAUGACACCGGAGGAAGUAGAACGACAUCUGCAGUCGCGUCAGUCUUACUUGGAGCUACUGCCGGAGCGUGCACCCCCUACUGUACCUACAGAGAUGUUUAGUAAUGAUCCAUCACUUGACAGUGAGUCAAAUGAUGUGUUGGAAAAUUCACCAAAUGUGGAAGAAUGGUUUGAUUAACUAUUACGCUUACAAUCACUUAGUAUAAGGAAAUUAAAAUACUUUAAUAUUAUUAAGAAUAUUGUCCGCAUUAUUU